AUAUCAUCUUGUUGUGCUUCUGGAUCUUGCUGUUCAUCUCUGGUAUGGCUUACCAGCUUUAUCGAGAAAAGUCAAGUCCUCCAUUCCAUCCACCAAACCUUUCCUCUUGGAAAGCUACUAAAAAGUUCUUUAACUUUGUUUUUGAUAAAAUAUUUGUUUGCCUACCAAUGGAUCCAGAUCCUGGAGGUGCAGGCAUAGAAGAUCGGCCAACGUGGAUAUUAAGAGUAACGUAUUCAUUUAAACUAUUACGUCGUCGAGUGACCUGCAGUAGACAGGAUGGAUUUGAGUCUGGCUAUGAGAGUUUCCAAAGGGUGAGAACUUUAUCUCAGUCAGCAGAAUCCAUCCCAGAGUCUGACAAUUCAACAGUUCGCACCAUUAAGACAAGAGUCAGUGAAUGGAUUGAGAAACUGAGAUCCAAAUCUAGACCAGAUAAUGAAAGGUUACUGCAGGUCAGUGAAAAUGAAGAGCAUGAAGAAGAGGAUGAAAAUCAGCUUCAGGAUGCAGAUGUUUCAUGCUGCACUUUCAGACAGACUCAAGUUGUCCUCGAUGAUGAGUAUACAGACAAUUCUCAAGCUUAAUCAAAUCUAUGCAAUGAAGUCAUUUAAUGUCUUAUAUCUACCUAGUGAUACUCCCCAUGCCAUAGAGGGAGCAACAUAAGUAAAGCAGUGUCUGAGACGGUGGACAAUCAAAGGAUUUUGGGAGAAAUUUACAUUACCAACCAUGCUUUCUAAGUCCUAUAGUGGUGCAAACUAACAUCACAGGAAAUUGACUCAUGAAUGUUUCCAGCAGUAGCAAGAUCAAUAUUUUUGUCAUACAAGAGUGUGUUGAUUCUCUCUGCCACAAAUAAUCAAGCUCAAUACAGUACAUGCUGAGGACAGUACUGUACAUAGCAGUCAUCUGAAAAGUUUUGUGUUAUUGUAAGCUGGAAUUAUUAGAAUAGUUGAAAAGCUGUGGGUCUUUUGUCUUCCUUUUUAUACACUGCUCAUCAUUUAUUGUUACACUUGCCAGGGUCUCAAGAAAAAUUUUCCAAUAUUUGAAAGUUAUGAACUUAGCAGUGUAAGAGUACUGUACACUGGGCCUUCACUCAUAUUAUUAUUAUUAUUAUUAUUAGUUGUGGUUUUUAGCAAAUAUUUCAUAGUGUUUAGGCAUCUUAGAAAGUACAGUAUCAAUAUUUUGAAGUAUCAUUAGAAAUUGAUCUUUUUAUUAGUACAGUACACAUUACAGUACAGUACUGUAUUGUUAUAAUAUUUAUUUGGUAUUUUUUCUCCAACAUUUGCUUCUCAGUUGAUUCAGAUACAUUGCUUUGUUUAUUGAGAAUUAAGGGUGAGAGUAAUAAUUCUUUAGAUUUGUAAUUGCAGUUUUACUCUUUUGUAGAGUACUGUAUAGAUUG